GACCAGCGCUUCUCCUGCGACCUGGUGCCCGCCGAGGAGCUGGAGCCGGCGCCGUCCUCCUCCCCCUCGCCCCGCUAUGUCCACGAGAUCGAGAUCCCCCUGACGGAGAUCUUCGCCCGGGGCAAAGCCGUGGCGCCGGCCCCGACCCCGCCGGCCACCAUGGACGCGGCCUACGAGGAAGGGACGGAGGAGGUGGAGGAGAAGAUCGCCUCGCAGGUGGGACGGCUCCAGGUGGAGCUGGAUCGCAAGAGCUCGGAGCUGGAGAAGGCCAAGCAGGAGAGCCUGAGGCUCAGCAGGGAGAAGCAGGAGCUGGAGGACCGGGCGUCAGAGCUGUCCCGUCAGGUGGAUGUCAGCGUGGAGAUGUUGGCCUCCCUCAAGCAGGACCUGGUGCAGAAGGAGCAGGAGCUCACUCGCAAGCAACAGGAGGUGCUGCAGAUCGACCAGUUCCUGAAGGAGACGGCCGCCCGCGAGGCCAACGCCAAGGUCCGCCUCCAGCACUUCAUCGAGGAGCUGCUGGACCGGGCGGACCGGGCAGAGAAGCAGCUCCAGAUCAUCAGCA